AUGGCUGGGCGAGAAGAUGAAGAGAAGCAGAAUCGGGAGCCAGCUUCACAAGCUCCGCCGCAGCCACCAACCAUCGCGUUUAACAACCCAUACGAUCUCCCGCUAUGGCGGAAGCUUGUCAUAACCGCAUGCCUGGCUGGAAUCACCUUCACCGUCACGUUCGCUAGCUCGGUCUUUUCGUCGACCAUCGCUGCGACUGCUCAUCAGUUCCACACCACCACGACGGUAAUGAUCCUGGGUGUAUCGCUAUAUGUGCUUGGGUUUGCUCUAGGACCUCUGUGUUGGGGCCCACUCUCAGAAGCAAUCCCUACUGCUCUGGUAUCGAAUCUGGGAGGUCUGCUCGUGUGCCGUUUCCUCGCCGGCGCAUUCGGGUCAGCACCGCUAGUCCUCGUCACUGCUUGUUUCGCCGACUUCUGGGGAGUUGCAGCCCGUGGCACAGCCUCCGCUGUCUACGCAACUACUACUUUCAUGGGACCGACAUUCGGGCCUAUCAUCGGAGUCUACAUCACGGAGGGGCUUGGCUGGCGGUGGACGGCAUGGAUCACAGGCAUCAUGGCGCUCUUCUUCGGCAUACCUGCUUCAUCCUCGUACCAGAGACUUACGCACCUGUACUGA